GUCAUCUUUCUUCUAUUCAGAACUACCCUUUUUCCCUCUGUUUAAAACUCUGCUUCAAAUCAUCACGGUCCAGCUUUGUACCCUCCAAUUUAUUCCUUCCGAGGACGUUAUAUAUAUGCACACUCAUUCACUUAAGUAGGGGCCUCAAACAAAUUCUUGUUUCUUCAAGCGAGAAUCAAGUACGUAGCUGAUUUCAGGUUUGAGUCGAGACUUGAAAGUGGAGAUGUCUACUGUCGCUGCAGGAACUUUGGCCUUGCCAACUCCUAAGGACGCUGGUUUCAAGAGUUUAGAUGAAACCGAAGAUGCGAAGAUCGAGCAGGAGGCUGGUCGUGCAGGAAGUGAUCCCAAGGAAGAAGGUGACGAUGGGAAGUUGACGUCUGAAGAAGAGCAAGACUCUGGUCUAAAGCUCUCCCUUAAGGAGCAAAUUGAGAAGGACAAGGAUGAAGGAAGACUGAGGAGAUGGAAAGAACAGCUCUUUGGAAGAGCGGAUGUCUCUGCCUUUGAAUAUGGGGUCGGGAAUAAAGUGCCAGAAGUGAAGAUACUGACUCUUUCGAUCCAAUCUCCGGGAAGACCAGAUGUUGACCUGCCAUUUUCGCUGGGUGCUUCAAACAACCCAAAGCGCAGUCUCUUUACGCUAAAGGAAGGAUCACGGUACCGCACCAAAUUCUCAUUCAACGUCUCCAAUAGCACCGUCUCCGGCCUCAAGUACGCAUACACUGUCUGGAAGACCGGCAUAAGAGUGGAGAACACCAAAAUAAUGAUUGGGUCUUUCAGUCCCAGGCAAGAACCUUACACAUAUGAAUUGGAGGAAGAGACCAUCCCUUGUGGUCUAUUUGCCAGAGGCUCUUAUUUUGUCAGGACUAAGUUUGUGGAUGAUGAAGGGAAGUGCUACAUGGACUUCAGCUACUACUUCGAAAUCAGAAAGAACUGGCAAUGAUCAUCUCGUCAGCUCUUGUAGACCUUUUUAAUGAAUAGUUAUGUGAAGCAGCUGGUAAAAGCCGCUGAAAUUGCUUUCUCUUCCUGUGAUUGGACUUUGUCGAUUCCUGUCAAGGUGCUGAAAUAUUCGAAAAGUGAUAAUAAAAGCUCUAGUAUGGAUAGUAUCUGAUGUAAGGGAAUUUCUGGGCUCUGGGUUUAAAACUUUUCACAGUGCUUUCUCCAUCCAA